UUCUUCUAGUAAGUCUGGCAAUCUAAGUGAGUUUUGCCACCCCAUACUGCCCUGGGUAUUACGUACCUAGAUACUAAACAAAGAGUUCGUGAAUUCUUCCAACUGCUUUUAGCAGUUUACGUUAAGUAAUUAUAUCGAAUAGCUUAUAUCAUGAGAACUGUGAACCAAUUAUGAAUUAUUCCACAUAUAGAGUACAUCAACAGAAGGUACGAUUCGCAUCGUGAGGGGUAUACCAGAACAUUUUCCGACUGUCUGUUACACAAGUGUAAUAGGUGUCACAUCAACGUUACGUACCUCCCUAAGCACACUCGUUGACAUCAUAGGGACAAAUUCGAAGUAUCCUUAUAUAAUACCAACUUUCUUUCGACCUCACUUGACAUCAUGAAAUUUCGAGAUAUAUGUACUUACCUAAGCACCUACAUAGAUAUUCCAUAUUCCACAACCAACUAAUACAAUCACCCCUUCAACAUGCCGAUCAAUUAUCAGGGCACAAAAAUCCCCACGUGCUAUGCGACAUGCAGUAUCGGACACAAAGAGUCGCAUACGCUCCCGCUAAAGCUCAAGGCUAUAGCAGACGCCGGCUUCGAUGCCUUUGAACUGGCCAUGCCGGACAUGUUGGCAUACGGCGAAAUGCUCAACGGCCAAAAGCCAGACCCCAAGGACUACAACACCCUAGUGGAGAUCGGCAAAAAGAUCCGAGCCCAGGCCGCAGAGCAUAAUCUCAAAAUCCUCAUGCUGCAGCCCUUUACCCGCGCCGAAGGAUGGCCUAAAGGUAGCGCCGAGAGAGAAGAAGUGUUCCAGCGCGCGGAAGGCUGGAUCCGCGUGCUGGAAGCCCUGGGCACGGAUAUGCUACAAGUCGGGUCGUCGGACGCGGACAUAUCGUCUUCGUUCGACGACCUAGCAAGCGACCUGGCUGAGCUGGCCGAUCUCUUGGCCCCGAAGGGGCUGCGCAUCGCGUACGAGAACUGGUGCUGGGCCACGCACGCGCCGGACUGGAAGGACGUGUGGCGCAUCGUCGAGAAGGCGGACCGGCCGAAUAUCGGCCUGUGCCUCGACACCUUCCACAGCUGCGGCGGCGAGUGGGCGGACCCGACGACGCGGUCCGGGCUCGUCGAGGGCCUUUCCCGGGACGAGCUCAAGGCUAGGUGGCAGAAGAGCUUGGCGGAGCUGAGUAAGACGGUUCCGCCGGAGAAGAUCUACCUCCUGCAGAUCUCGGAUGCGUACAAGGUGGAUCCUCCUAUCGAGGCAAAGGUCGACGCGAGGGGGUUGCGGCCGAGAGGGCAGUGGAGUUAUGAUUACCGGCCUCUGCCCUAUGAUGGGGGUUACCUCCCCGUGCAGGAUUUUCUGAAGGCCGUGCUUGGGACGGGAUUUAGGGGCUGGUUGUCAAUUGAAGUUUUUGAUAGUAAGGCGCCCGAGAAGUACUCCGAUAUGGGUGACUUCAGCAAGAAGGCUAUGUUAUCACUAGAGAAGCUGUUGCAGGUAUAGAAUAAGCAUGCAAAGGCGCCUCAGUAGGUACCUUACCUAGUACUCUGCCCGAAUAACGAUGAAAAAGAC